UAAUCCUCACUGUACACAACUGAAUCCUUUGCGGGUAUUGUCUGCCUCAUUUUACGCUUGUUCGAAAUACAGCAAAGAAAUGGACAACUCCGGGAAAGACAAGGAAGCAGUUCAGCUAAUGGCCGACGCUGACAAAAAAGUCAAGUCCUCUGGCUCUUUUUUGGGAGGGAUGUUUGGAGGAGGACAUCACAAAGUGGAAGAGGCAUGUGAGAUGUACUGCAGAGCGGCCAACAUGUUCAAGAUGGCCAAAAACUGGAGUGCUGCUGGAAAUGCAUUUUGCAAGGCCGCACGCCUCCAUAUGCAGCUGCAGAACAAACAUGACUGUGCCACCAGUUUCAUCGAUGCAGGGAAUGCUUACAAGAAGUCUGACCCUAAUGAGGCAAUCAAGUGUUUAAAUGCUGCCAUCGAUAUAUACACAGACAUGGGAAGAUUCACCAUCGCAGCCAAACACCACAUCAGUAUCGCAGAGAUCUACGAGUCUGAUCUGGUGGAUAUCGAAAAGGCUAUUGCACAUUAUGAACAAGCAGCAGACUACUACAAAGGAGAAGAAUCAAACAGUUCUGCCAACAAGUGUCUGCUGAAGGUGGGGGCUUACUGUGCUCAGUUGGAGCAGUACCAGAAGGCUGUUGAGAUCUACGAACAGGUUGGAGCCAACACGAUGGACAACCCACUGCUGAAAUACAGUGCCAAAGAGUAUUUCUUCAAAGCCGCCCUCUGUCAUUUCAUUGUAGACGAGCUCAACGCUAAGAUUGCUGUUGAAAAAUAUGAGGAGAUGUUCCCGGCUUUUUCAGACUCUAGAGAAUGCAAGUUGUUGAAGAAACUUCUUGAGGCGCAUGAGGAACAGAACAGCGAGGCUUUCACAGAGGCAGUAAAGGAGUUUGACUCAAUCUCACGUCUGGACCAGUGGCACACAACCCUCCUGCUGCGCAUCAAAAAGACCAUCCAGGGUGAUGAAGGAGAUCUGAAAUGAAAGAAAUGUGGGUUACAAAUGCAGCAUGGAGGGACAAAUCCAUCGAGCAUGCUUUCACACAAACAAACAGACACUCACCUCACUGUGUAUAGUAUCUGGAGAGGAGUGUCUGCUGAUGAUUUAGAAUAUUCCAUUGCUCACUGCUAUACUGUCGUAUAUACUGAGUAUUAUCUUUGCUUUCCUUAUGAGCAAAUCUGAAUCUAGUCAGAAUGUAAAUCCUCUUGCCCUCACCUCUGUCUAGAGGAUUGCUGCAUACCUUUUUCUGAUGAAAUCUGUCCUGGAGGAUUUCAUAGCGGUAUAUUGUAUUGAAACUAAUGUUAGUAUUGACGACAAGCACUGCAUGUUUUGUACAAUUAUUGUUUCCUAGUCAGAUGCAGCUGUUUUGUUUUUUUUUAAAUCAAGUUUUAGAUAUUUCAGUCAUUUAAAUGUUUCAGUUUGUUGUACAUAAGAUUAUCGUGGUGUGUAUAGACUUAAAGAAUGUACUAUUGUCUUAAUUUGUAUUGUGUUGAUAUAGAAGAGAACGAUUAAAUCAGUCAUGAUUGUUCUUAAAACUCUUUACCAUAAAAAAGGUUUUGGAUUCCUUUUUAUCAUCCAUGCAGAGAGACUCUUCUUGAUGAGGGGCAAUGAUAUGCACGAAGUGUAGACUGUUAAACAUUUAUACCUAAUGACAACCUAAUGUUUUUUCCGUACAUAUUCAUGAUUUUAUUACUUUUGAGUUAAUUUAUUAUUACUUUAGGAUUUGUUGUCGUAAUAAUAUUCAGUGUUUGAAUCUGUAAGCUGAAAUUUAUAGGUUGCCUAUGUGAAGUGUAUUUUUGAAUGAAAAGCACUGACAUGGAAACCCUUACUCCUUAUUCCCAGGGCAGUCAUCUCUGGAUAAUCUGCAUCAUUAGUGACACAUUUCUUGCUGUGUUGUGUUGUGAACUACUCGGUGAAGGUUUACUACUGCAGUGCACCUUCAAACUGGCCAUUCGCUAUGCAUGUCAUUGUGUAUGGGUUAGUAUUGUGUUACGUUCACUAGUGAGCAAGACCAAAGUUUUUACAAAAGGGUCAGUCGCCCAAUGUAUAUAGCUUCUUCCAGACGGAAAGACAAUGGACCUUGGAUAUGAUGUGUAUGCUUGUACGAAUGGACAAUAAUAAAGGUAUUAU